AUGUCCUUCUACAUCCUACUGAGCGUUCUUCUCUCGGCUUGCUUCACGACUGAAACUGUGGGACUUGUAUUCCCCCCUGACGUCGUGGAGAAUCUGAAAUUUACGAGAGCUCCUACUGGGACCAAGGCCGAGCCCCCAAUGGCUACCCAGACUACUCCUUCCCCAACUAUCAACCUCAACCUAAUUGAGGGGAUAGACCUGGGGACCUACGACGUUGACGUAACUGUGACCGAGACCAAGACUUCAGUGGUUGUCGAGAGUACCCCCGCUCCCACUCUCGACCCUUCAUUUUUUGAUGGGAUAGAUCUGGGCCCCACUCUGGGCCUCUCCGAUCUCGACACGGCCACCACCUCCUCCCCUACUGUGAACCUCUCUUUUUUUGAGGGGAUAGAUCUGGGCCCGACUCUGGGCCUCUCCGACCUCGAUACGGCCACCACCUCCUCCCCUACUGUGAACCUCUCUUUUUUUGAGGGGAUAGAUCUGGGCCCGACUCUGGACCUCUCCGACAUCGACACGACUACGACCAAGCCAAGAGUUGUCGACACUACCAUCGAUCUCUCCGGGAUACCAGGGGGAGAUGAUUCUGCAGAGACAACCACGGCAGCGGUAGCCACGGCUGGAGCGGGAAUUCAAGACACGGGAGGCUCCGAACAUCCGAAGUAG